CGAAGCUACAUGACGUGCAGUCCAUACCUCCUUAAUACCAAUCGUUUUUUCCGGUGUGUUCAGUGACUCUAACACAGGUUUCCGUUUACGUUCGCGUGUUGUGGUAUCAUGUGCAGUUGCGAGAGGUUUUAGAACAAUUUUCCUUGGUGGGAAGAUGCAAGAUAUAGAAACCACAUCGCCGAAAAGCCUGAACAACGACAUGUCUCCGUAUUUAGGGUCAAAAUAUGAAAGUCCGAUAUCCUCAAGAUCUCCCAGUCCAAGUAUAAGAGAAAACAAUCAAAUGGCCAUGGAUGAGUCCACCAAGUACAUGUCUGAAGACGAAAUAAGCGUUGGAUGUCCAAGUCCAGCACUUCAGUCUUCUCCAAACUAUAUUCAUAAGAGAUCUAGAGACCAGAGCCCAACGUACUCCACCACAACGACAUGUCGAUGUCCCGAUGAUGCAGAAGAUUACUUUAAACCCUUGAAGAAGCUCAAAAUGGUCGAAGUAGAAGCGGACAGAAGGAUAUCACCCACGGUAGAAGUAGAGGAAAGGAACGACGGCGUGAAGAGCUUCUCCAUCGUCGACAUCCUCAAUCACAAACCGAGCAAACCUCAGUGCAAUCGCAUAGUAAGGCCGUGGGAUAUAGAUCCUGAGAUAGAGGCGCACCACCAAAGACUCGAAUCGUUCCACCGGCAACUCAAGGUGCAGCAAUUGGCUCUUUUGAGGCCGGAAUUCGCCUUUAACGUGAGUUACACGUCAGAGACUGGCAGUGACAGGUCGUCGAGUGUGGCGAGCGACUGUUGCUCACCGGAUAUUGUUUCUCCGACGGCCCAAAGGCAGAGGCAGCAGCAACAGCAGGGAAAACAGCCCGGGGCUACUCCUCUGGACGCUCUCUUCCAGAUGACGUCCAAAACCUUCGAUUCGUCGGCUGCAGAAGCUAACGCAGAUGGCCAGAACCACCUGAACCUCUUCAACAACAGACAGCAACCAAAGAAGAAGCGGAAAUCGCGAACGGCCUUCACGAACCACCAGAUCUUCGAGCUGGAGAAGCGUUUCCUGUACCAAAAAUACCUCAGCCCUGCGGAUAGGGACGAAAUCGCCUCUAGCUUGGGCCUGACGAACGCUCAAGUGAUCACGUGGUUCCAGAAUAGGAGAGCGAAACUGAAGAGGGACAUGGAGGAGUUAAAAAAAGACGUGGAGAGUGCUAAGCUUCUCAGCGCUCACAAGAGCUUUCUGGAGAAUGUCACAGACUUGGGUAUAUUGAAAAAGAAGGCCAUCGUCAACGAGGACGACUGUCCGAAGAAUUUGGUGGUGUCGGAGAAAUGAACGUUAGUGAACCGAGGAUGGGUCAGGUUAACACGAAACGUACUCUAAGAAACGUCUCGGUUUUUUGUAAAUAUAAUUUUGUAUUUAUCAAAUUCAAAUAAAUUCGUUGUGUAAGAUUCUUAACGCUUAGUAGACGUUUCUUUUCUUGUAUAUUUAUGCCAUAGGGAAUCUACUUAUGAAUGUGUAAUUUUUGUAAAAAAUCAACUGUAAAUAAUGUAUAUAGUAAAGGUAAAUGAAUGUUUUGUAAAAGUUGUAAAGUAUAUUCGUAUGGAUUGAGCUCUAAUUUUACUUAUUUAUUUUUCGUCUUUUUU